GUCACAUGACACAAACGUCAAUACAGGAACUAAGUCAGUAUACUGUAGUUUGUAAUUGCAUUUCACUGAUUUCAAAGUCUUAAGCACUGCAUCUUGUCUCUUCCUAAAAGAAAAAAAGUAAUAUUUUAUGUGGAUGGAGCCAGGGGCAAUAUUAGAAUUGGUGGAGGGCGGAGAUGUGGAGGCAACAGAAAAAGCCCUGCGGGAAUACAAUACGAAGAACAGUCGAGUUUUCCAGUUUGAUCAAAAAGAUGAAGCAACAAGAAGACUGCAAACAAGUUCAGAGUUCAUUCGGAUUCUCAGAUCUGCGUGUUGAAGUAAUGAAAAGGCGACCUGGUCCUACAGACAUCUCGUGAGGUUGUUCUCAAGCCAAAUCUGCACUGGAGACAACGUUUAAAGCUUUCUGCUGGAAACUAGACUAUGUGAAGGAAUCUUAAAGAUGUUGGAGAGCAACAUUAAGUGUUCCUGUCAAGCCUCUUGUCUGGAGGCUCUACGUAUUCUGUCCCGAGACAAGAAAGUUCUUGAUCCAGUGGCAACAAAGCAAAACAUACUGGCUCUGAUGAGGUUAGCGGGACUCGAAUACACUGAGAAUGCAGUAAAGGAGAUGCCAGACUUUGCAGUCAUUGUUGAAGCUCUGAAAUGCCUUUGCAACAUUAUUUUCAAUAGUAAAGUUGCCCAGCAGUUGAGCGUGGACCUCAGAGUAAUAGUUAGCAUCUGCCAGCGUCUUCAGAUGUAUAAGGACCAAAAUUUGAGUCAUGAGAUAAAAUUUUUUGACCUCCGCCUGCUCUUCUUGCUGUCAGCCUUUCAGACAGAUAUUAGAGUACAGAUACGGGAUGAACUUAGAGGGUUACAACUGCUGACAGAUGUCCUCGAUUACACACUAGGCCUUCAGUGGGUUGAUAAGUAUGAAGUAGCUACACAACUUUGUAGAGGUGUAUUAACAUCAGAGGAAGUGGACCUAAUGUCUGAGGUGCUGAAAGCCCUUUUUAAUGUUACCAUGGACAGCUCACACAACAUUAAUGAGGAUUCUGACCACCAGUUUAGGCAUUUGGCAGCCAUCUUAAGGCACUGCUUAAUGCUGAAAGCUGAUAGUGAGGACAGAACGGAAGAACUUCAAAGUCAUGCCAUCAACCUUCUAAGCAAUAUUCCAAUUUCCUGUUUGGACGUGCUAAUCAGUGUCCCUUCUGAGGCAGGAUCAAAGGAGCACAAUGGGGAAAAUAUGGAAGCUGUUCAGGUUUUGUUGGACUUUAUGGAGAAGAGAAUAGAUAAGGGAUCCAGCUUGAAAGAAGGAGUGACUCCUGUGCUCAGUCUAAUGAUAGAAUGUUCCAGGACCUAUAGUAGCAUAAGAAGGUACCUCAAGGCAAAGGUUCUUCCUCCUUUGAAAGAUUUAUCCAAUCGUCCUGAAGUUGGAACAACAACACGGAACAAACUGGUUCGCCUUAUGACACAUGUUGAUACUGGUGUGAAGCAGACAGCUGCUGAAUUCCUUUUUGUACUGUGUAAAGAAAGAGUUGAUAAUUUGCUAAAGUACACCGGUUAUGGCAAUGCAGCUGGACUGUUGGCAUCUAGAAGCUUAUUAGCUGGAGGAAGAGGAGAAGGGCAGUACUCAGACUCUGAUGAAGACUCUGACACAGAGGAAUACAAAUCGGCUAAGCCUUAUAUUAACCCCAUUACUGGUCAUGUUGAAGAACCCUUACCAAACCCAAUGGAUGAAAUGACAGAAGAACAGAAAGAGUAUGAAGCCCUGAAACUGGUUAACAUGUUUGAUAAACUCUCCAGAAAGCAGAUCAUUAUGCCAAUGACAGUGACACCAGGUGGUACCAUGGCUCCAAUAGAAGAGAUGCUACACAACUACUCACCUCCUGAAAAUGAAAGCUCUGAGUCAGAUUGAACCACAGCAGCAGAAAUGAUGUCAGUAUGAAAUUCACUUCAGAGUGAGUUUCUGAUGUAAAUCUGUAUACACAUUGAGAAUGGACUUCUUAUUUUUACAUUUAUUUAAAAUGAUGCUUUAAGAAUAAAAUGCUCAUUGUUCACCAUAUUUGAAUGCUGUCUCGUGGCCUCUUAUACUCUGCCUUUUCAGAUAACACUACUUUGUUUCCAGCCUUCUGCCCACAGAUGUAAUGCUUAACUUUGCCAAUGCAAAGUCAUUUCUGUGACACUGGUUAAUUAUGAGAUGGAAGGUGCUCGAUAAUUGUUAAAUCAGAUGUAUAAUGAGUAGUGGUAAUGUUUGAAGGCUGAUUCAGCUUUGGUUAGCAAUGACAUAUAUAUGACGAGUGCUAAUGGAAGUAUGUCUGAGCACCCAACGCAUGUUUUUUUUCCCCAGUGAAUCACAGUAAAAUAAGUAAAUAUUCUUCUGCAUGUACAAGUGUCACACUCCUGGCACUAAAAUUAAGGACAUUUUUGUAAAGGCAUGAAUAAAGGAAGUGCAUCAAGUGCAA